GAGAAAAAGAGAUUAAAAAAUCCAACCUUCUUUCUUCAGUCGCUAAAAUCACAAAAGAAGGGAAGGAAACAAUGGCGGCUACUCUGGUUCGCCCUUGUGCUGUUGUUAUGUCCAGGCCUCUUCUCCGUAUUGCUUUUCCGCCUUCCUUUCUCUUUAAACCCCUCUUUUCGAGUUCGACGUUUCAUUCGAUCUCUUCCUCUUCUCUAAGGAGAAACCCUCGAUUCAAUGUCGGUGAAAGACGUUUCCUUGUGCGCAAUCUCAGUAUCAGAGCUUCUCAAGUCUCUGAAUCUGGCUCCAUUGACUCCCCGUUGAUGGAAUCCAUGCAAAAAAAGAUCAAGGAGCAAUUGAGUGCAGAUGCAGUCAUUGUCAAGGAUGCCUAUGGAGAUGGUCGACAUGUGAGGUAGUCUAUUUUUCCAUUGAUAAGUCGUAACAUGUUGUGCUUGAUGCACGUGAACAGUCAACAUAGUGUUUGUCUUUUGGAGAGUGCCUUCCUCUUCUACUUAUGUGAUAUUUGUGAGCCCCUGAUAGAAUAAUUUUUGAUGCUUCAUCCCAGUCUCCUUAACUUCCAACUUCUGAACUAGCAAAAGAAUAGAACAAUAUGCCAUAACUUGAUACAAUAAUCCUCCCAUUCAAACUAGAUAAUGUAUGGCAGCUAUUCUUAGCUUGCUUGCUAGAAAGUGGUGAUAGAAAUGUUAUGUUAGUUAUUCUUGAGUUACUUGUUGGAAAGUGCGAAUGAACAUGUCUGCUAACUGACAAUUGACUUAUGGUAUAACAAGUUCUCACAACUCUUUCUGUGAGUUCUGUCUAAGAAAGUGACUAAGUGAGCCUACCUAUAUAUGCUUUUGUUGUCCUGGAAUACCAUGUGGCAAUGUGUAGGCCUUUGUUAAGAAAAAACCAAGGAAAUUGCAAUCUGCACAUAUCCACAAGGAUACCUGCUUUGUUGCUUGAGCAUAAAACUGUUUUAUACUUGUAGGAUAGACAAAAGUAAGUAGUGAUGCAUCUUCGAUUGAAGGAUCAGUCAACACGUUCCACAUCUCUCUCCCCAGUAUCUAAAUUAAUUAACCCUGUUAAUUGCAACAGUUGUGGCACUAACUUUGUUGCCUCUGCGUAUCCUUUGGACAUCAAUAUAUUGUCCUUUUCAAUAGUCUGAUUUUGGAUUCUUGCUGACUGCAUGCAUAAGGUAUGGUUGGUUGAUUUUGAGAGAAAUGAAAAUGAUUGGAUGAUUUUGAGAUAAAUGAAAAUGCUGAGUAGUUUUUGAUACAUUUUUUCUUGUUUGGUUCACCAGAGUGAAUGUAUACCCACUGAUGCUUUGCUUAAUGGCAGUAUCACGAGGCAUUCCUUGUAGAAUCCCACUUUGUUUCUGGAUUAUACACGAGAUAUUUCCUUAAAGAAAACAAGGCCUUUAUUGGAGCUCAUUGUUUAUAA